AUGCUGCACGAGGCGUAUGCCCCAGAAGACACCAGGUCCGUGGCUUGGAGCCGUCAAAAAAAAGUUGCGUUUCUUAGUCUCAUUUCCGGCAUGCGGGACGGCACGCGGCCGCCGAGUGUUCUCCUCCUGUAUGGCCCAACAGGCUCGGGUAAACUCACCUCUGUGCGGGCCAUGCUUCGGGAGCAACGCGAUGCUGUUGGUCGUCCCCUACUCGUCGAGGUGCUGCAUUCCUGCGAGUCAACGCCGCAGCAGUAUUACAGUUUCCUCAUGGAUACAUUCACGGAACAUCAAUUGGCGGGAAACGACCCGUGCGAGUCACAUCUUUCCGCAUCUUCGGUUUCUGCGGAUGACUCCAGUGAUGUGAAGGGCCGAGCGCAGCGGCCGUGUGAAGCUCAAAUUCGGCAACAGCCGCGCGUGGUAGCCCGUGUGAUGAAGUUGUAUGGCGAGUCGCUGAUUUCUCCCCUUCAUGCACGCACGUUACGUUUUCUUGAUCACUAUGACGCAUGGAGGCGCGCUGAGUUUUUAGGAAAUUGUACUGGAGAUGGCCCGAACGCAUUGGGUGGCUCGAUCUUACGGCGUCACUUUGUGCUUUUUGUCCUCACGACACACGAUACACACAGCGAUAAGGUGGCACUGGGGAAGCUGCUUCCCUCUCGUGUUCUCACACAUCCAUGCAUCUACUCUUUCCACUGCACCCCAAUCACAACGCGGAACUUGACGAUACGCGUCAAGGAUGUCUUGCGCAUGGAGAAAAGACGGCAAACAUGUGGCGUUAGAUGUCAUAUUUCUGAUGAACAUGUGGAUUUUUUGUGCGAACACAGCAAUGGCGAUAUCCGUCAGGCGUUACUUCAGGUGCAAUGGCGUUGCCUUCUGGGGGAAAGGGGCCUGAAUGAAGCGGCGUUCUUGUCGACGUCGGCUGGGACGCCGAAGAAGAAAGGACCGCGGCCAAAAUUAAAGAAACCGAAAAAUGUCAUGGAUCUCGUUGAUGAUCACGAAAACGUUAGCGCGGAGACCUGCACGCUGCAAUCAUCGCUGGCUCCGGAAAAGGGUUUUGAAGAAGAAGUGGAAAAGGCGGUGCUAUUCCGGGAUGAGUAUCUCGAUGUGGCACAUGCCACAGCACGUGUACUCACGCAGAAAUACACGGUGUCUUCUGUGGCCAAGGAGCUAAACAUUCAGCCCGAGAAGUUGUUUAGUUACAUGACAAACAACAUGCCGAUUUACUUUCGUCCAGACCAAAUGCAGGAGUAUGCUGUUUGUGCUGCUGCCGCAAGCACUGCGGAUGCUAUACGUUCUGCAGAAGUAUUUGGUAGACGUAGGCAAACCGGUGCAGAGCUACACACUGCACGUCUUGCGUCUGAUGAUGACAGCGAUGGCAUGGGAGUCAUAGGGUUAGAUCUUAUGGCCCUGGUAUUAUUUGGCAAGGCCUACGAGGUUUGCCACAAGGAUGUUUGCAUUCCAGCUGCAUUAGUGGCACAGCGUCCGCCGCCAUACCAGCCCAUGGCCUACCCGCGUCUAAGAGAUGUGGAACCAACACGAAAACGGUUUCGGAAUGAUGGUGGGGGAUACAUUGAAGAUGAAUUUGGAAGGAAAAGGGGGAGAGACGAGGAGCACAAAGUUGACUUUACGGAGCAGGAGUGGCGCCAAGAGUUUCUGCGGCGUAUUGAACCACGCGCAAUGGGUGGGGGCUCAUGGCAAGGCGCGGAUGCUGAUAUUCUGCGGGAAACGCUUCCAGCACUUGUUAACAGGUGUGCCUCGUUGGAAACAGUGCUGCUGGAGUAUGCCCCGUAUGCGAGAUGCAUCGUGCUUGACUGGUCCCCGCCGACUGCAUCCCGCGGUGUACGCGAUGGCAAUGCGACGGCAUUAUCGAGUAACGUGGAGUCGUUUAAAAAGCGACCUGUGGAAACCUCAUUCAAGCCGCCAGGGCCGAAGAAGACUCUGUUUUCCUUUGCGGAAAGGAGGGCCCCAUCGCUGCAGAAACGGCCGUGUUCACUUCUGCGGUACAAAAUACUCUGCUGUGGCCUGGUCGAAAGGCCUCCUGUCCGCGCAGAACACUUUUUUAUUGUCAAACGCCACGAUGACAAUGGAGACGAUGGCGACGACCUGUUGGAUGAUGCGGCUUCCGACCCCAACGCCCCGCUGCCGUUACUUCCCGAUGGAGAAGACAUUGAGGAGUACGAUGACUGA